AUGAGUCGCCUAAUCUGGAGCUUCUUGCUCAUAUGCUCUUUAUUGAGUAGAAAUUUGGAAGCAGGAGGCUGCCAACGUACUGGCCCCGUCUUCAAAUCAGGAGGUGCCAGAUCGAGCUCCACUAGUUUCAGGGAUGGACUAUAGGUCGGGUUUCCAACAGAAUGUAUUCCAUUCCAACUCGACUUCCGAAGCAUUUGCAUAUUCUCCGAUGACUCAUACUUAUGUCAUCAUCUCACCUGCUACUCCGAUGAUUUACCGAAACUACCACUACUAUUGGGCAGGGCAUCAUGUGAACACUACAGAAAAACCAUUCAAGUGUAAUUAUGUAAUAACUGAUGAGGACAUGGAACUGAGCAAUGUGGCAUUCGCAAAUGGCACAAGACCGGCACUUAUCACCUUUGGAUGUGCAGAGUAUACGUAUUGUUGUGGAAUGACCUGUUGUCCUAGUUUCAGUGAUACACAACUAUUAAUAUUCAUUGUGUUGUUAGUGGCGGGAAUUAUUUUUGUGCUGAUCUGCACUGAGAAGGCAAACGAAAGACGUGGUCAAGGCAGUCCGACCACAAGCUACAAUCAUCCAAGAUCAGUUCCAGAAGUUCAAGAACUUACUCCCAGUGCUCCUAAUGAUACAAAAAAAGUCACCUCCUCAUUUAAAAAAUUCUAUCUAUUUUUAGUUCGAAAGUGA